CGACUCAAAUAUGCCAAAUAAAAAAAGGGUAGAAAAGGGAAUUUAUUUUCCUGUUGUAAAAUAUUAGAUUUGAAAGUUCAAGAGUUAUUAAACUUGAACUUUAUGAAAUUUGAAUGAAUUCAAGAAAUUUUGUGUGAACUGCGUAUGUGAGUGAAUUUAGAAUAUAAGUGGUAAAAUUUGAACAUUUUUAAAUCGUAAUGUAAAAAAAUGACAACUAAAGCGAUAAAUCAUGAAGAAAGUGGCCAGGAAGGCCCAAUUCGGUGUAUUUUUUUCUCCGAAUUUCAUCAUAUUGCUGGUCCAAAAAUUACUUGUCAGGUUCCAGAUAAUUUCAUAUCGAAGGACAUAUUUGACAAUGUGAGCGUUUAUAUAAUUCCAAAGGCACAACUGCAACGAAGUACAAUGACAGUAACAUUAAAAGAUUACAAAAUUCUUGGAUUUCCUGUCAAAAUCGACGAUAAGAAAUAUGCGAGGAAUGCUUUUUAUUUUAAUCUCUGUUUCGUUUGCGAUUCAGAAGCCCGAACUGUACACUACGAACCUGUUGUUAAGAAAAUGUCCGAUUUUUUGAUGGCUCUUGAAAUCGAGAAUCGAUUCCUCUCCACUUCUGAGGACAAAACAAGACUUGCAGAAAUGCUCAGACAUGUUAUGCAAGAUUUAAAUUUGCACAAAAUGUGCACAUUGACUGAAGGAACGAUGACUUCCCAUUUAAAAGUAGUCAGACUAGCUCCAGAACCGCAGCCAGUUUUGGACCAUCAAGUUCCAAUUUUUUUGGAAGGCAGAGAAGCUUUUCGAAGUGAUCAAUGGGAUUUAACAACCCAACAAGUUUUGCCUUAUAUCGAUGGUUUUAAUCACGUGGCUCGAAUUGCUACAGAAGCCGAUGUCGAUAAUAAUUUAGUUAAAAGUUGUGUUCAAAAUCUCGUGUAUUACGGAGUUGUCACUCUGAUUCCAAUAUUUCAAUACAGCAAUGUUUAUGCGACAACGUCGAAACUUAAAGAACUUGCAGAAAAUGUCAAUUUGCAAGAGAGAUGUAUCCGAUAUUCAUCUAAAACUCCAAGGCAACCUGCAAAUCUAAGAGAUAUUUAUCGAACAUAUUCAAGUAUGACACACGGAAGUAGUAUGAGAGAUUUAUGUCAGAGAUUGAACCCUCAAAGUUUGAGAAUUAAUGAAAGACGACUCGUUCAAUUUGGCUUAAUUGAGGGCCUGAUUCGCAGAGUUUAUAAGUAUCCGAUUCGGCUGCCAGAAAGUUCAAGUGAAGAAGGAAAAUGUAAUGCAGUUUAUAAAUAUUUUACUGGCACUUAUAAUCUCGAUGAAAUUUGUUGCAGUACUGGACAAAGUGUUGCACAAAUCGAAGAUUUGGUCGAACGAGAUCCUAAUGUCGUAAUGCUCUGGAAAUAAACUCUAAAUUCUAAUAAACGUAUUUUUAUUAUUUA